AUGGGGCGUAUUCCAUGCUGUGAGAAGGACAAUGUGAAGAGAGGUCAGUGGACACCUGAGGAAGAUAACAAGCUCACUUCUUACAUUGCUCAACACGGUACUCGCAACUGGCGCCUCAUUCCUAAGAAUGCUGGCCUUCAGAGAUGUGGAAAGAGUUGCAGGCUAAGGUGGACUAAUUAUCUUCGUCCGGAUCUUAAACAUGGACAUUUCUCGGAUGCAGAAGAGCAAACCAUUGUGAAGCUUCAUUCUGUUUUUGGCAACAGAUGGUCACUGAUAGCAGCCCAGCUGCCAGGACGCACCGACAAUGAUGUCAAAAACCAUUGGAACACCAAGCUGAAAAAGAAACUGUCAGGCAUGGGUAUAGACCCUGUCACUCACAAGCCAUUCUCUCAUCUAAUGGCUGAAAUUGCUACAACAUUGGCACCCCCACAGGCAGCUCACCUAGCUGAAGCAGCUCUUGGUUGUUUCAAAGAUGAGGUGCUUCACCUUCUUACCAGGAAGCCCAUUGAUUAUCAGGGCCAACAUUCUAAUGCAGGACUGGCUAAUAACAUCACCGACUACUUCACCUGUAAGCCAGAAGAAAGGGAAGAUACUGUUGAGAAGAUUAAGUUUGACCUGUCAAAGGCCAUGCAACAAGAACAUGAAAUGAUGCCCUCAAAUAAACCUUGGGACUCCACUGCAGCUACAUCUGCAAGUUUUGCAAUGCCAUACAGUAUUUUCCCUACAAUGUCUGGGUUCCAAUUCAGCCCCUCGUGUUUUGGAAAUAAAGGGGAUGCAUCACCAUGGAGCCAGAGUUUAUGUACUGGAAGCACAUGCACAGCCAUAGAUCAGCAAAGCCAGUUCCAUGAAAAACUCGAAGAGGAAAAUGAGGAUGAUUCUGAGACUACAAAAGAAAUUAGAAAUCUAUCCAAUAUAUUCAAUUCAGACUGCAUCCUGUGGGAUUUACCAGCUGAUGAUUUAGUUAAUCCCAUGGUAUAA